ACCUGUCAGCGGAGAGCGCCGGGCUCGUUCUCCUGGCCGGAUUCCGAGCUGGCAAGGCCCGCUGACUUCGCUCGCGGACAGAGGGCAGUCUUGGAGCUCCCGUAGCUCCAGGAGCAGCCUCUUUUGUAGAAGUACCUGCAAUGCGCGGCCUGGUGCCCUAAGCAAUAGCGGCAACGCCAGCCACAGCGACAGCUCUGGGGCCCUGUGUAGCAGCUCCAUUCCCUUAUCUUUGUGUCAGCCUGCGGCCCCAGACCCAGAGGCAGAUUACCAGGGAAGAUUUAGGACUCCGGGAAUGUUUCCCUUGAAGGAUGCCGAAAUGGGGGCCUUUACCUUCUUUGCCUCUGCUCUGCCCCAUGAUGUCUGUGGAAGCAAUGGGCUUCCUCUCACACCAAAUUCCAUCAAGAUUUUAGGGCGCUUUCAAAUCCUCAAGACCAUCACUCACCCCAGGCUGUGCCAGUAUGUGGAUAUUUCUAGGGGAAAGCACGAGAGAUUGGUGGUGGUAGCUGAACACUGUGAACGGAGUCUAGAAGACUUGCUUCGUGAAGGGAAACCCGUGAGCUAUUCAAAGGUUUUGUGCAUAGCAUUUGAGGUACUUCAGGGCUUGCAGUAUAUGAAUAAACAUGGUAUAGUACACCGGGCACUGUCUCCUCAUAAUAUCGUUUUGGAUCAAAAGGGACAUGUUAAAUUGGCUAAAUUUGGACUUUAUCACAUGACAGCAUAUGGUGACGAUGUUGAUUUCCCAAUUGGGUAUCCAUCGUACUUGGCACCUGAGGUAAUUGCGCAAGGAAUUUUCAAAACCAGUGAUCAUGUGCCAAGUGAAAAACCAUUGCCUUCUGGCCCCAAAUCAGAUGUCUGGUCUCUUGGAAUCAUUUUAUUUGAGCUCUGUGUGGGAAGAAAAUUAUUUCAGAGUUUAGAUAUUUCUGAAAGACUAAAAUUUCUGCUUACACUGGACUGUGUAGAUGACACUAUAAUAGUUCUGGCUGAGGAGCAUGGUUGUCUGGACAUUAUAAAGGAGCUUCCUGAAACUGUGAUAAAUCUUUUAAAGAAGUGCCUCACCUUCCAUCCUUCUAAGAGGCCAACCCCAGAAGAGUUAAUGCAGGACAAUGUGUUCAGUGAAGUGUUACCCUUAUACACUCCCUUUAUCAAACCUGCUAGCCUGUUUUCUUCUUCUCUGAGAUGUGCUGAUUUGACUCUGCCGGAGGAUAUCAGUCAGUUGUGUAAAGAUAUAAACAAUGACUACCUGGCAGAAAGAUCUAUUGAAGAAGUGUAUUACCUUUGGUGUUUAGCUGGAGGUGACUUGGAAAAAGAGCUUGUGAACAAGGAAAUCAUUCGAUCCAAACCACCUAUCUGCACACUCCCCAAUUUUCUCUUUGAAGAUGGUGAAAGCUUUGGACAAGGUCGAGAUAGAAGUUCACUAUUAGAUGACACCACUGUGACACUGUCAUUAUGUCAGCUAAGAAAUAGAUUAAAAGAUGUUGGUGGAGAAGCAUUUUACCCACUACUUGAAGAUGAUCAGUCUAAUUUACCUCAUUCAAACAGCAAUAAUGAGCUGUCUGCAGCUGCCACUCUCCCUUUAAUCAUCCGAGAGAGGGAUACAGAGUACCAGCUAAACAGAAUCGUUCUCUUUGACAGGCUGCUAAAGGCUUAUCCAUAUAAAAAAAAUCAAAUUUGGAAAGAAGCAAGAGUCGACAUCCCUCCUCUUAUGAGAGGUUUAACCUGGGCUGCUCUUCUGGGAGUUGAGGGGGCUAUUCAUGCCAAGUAUGAUGCAAUUGAUAAAGACACUCCAAUUCCUACAGAUAGACAGAUUGAAGUGGAUAUUCCUCGUUGUCAUCAGUAUGAUGAGCUGUUAUCCUCACCAGAAGGUCAUGCAAAAUUUCGGCGUGUCUUAAAAGCCUGGGUUGUAUCCCAUCCUGAUCUUGUGUAUUGGCAAGGUCUUGACUCGCUUUGUGCUCCGUUUCUAUAUUUAAAUUUCAAUAAUGAAGCUCUAGCUUAUGCCUGUAUGUCUGCUUUUAUCCCCAAAUACCUGUACAACUUCUUCUUGAAAGACAACUCACAUGUAAUACAAGAGUAUCUGACUGUGUUCUCUCAGAUGAUUGCAUUUCAUGAUCCAGAGCUAAGCAAUCAUCUCAAUGAGAUUGGAUUUAUUCCAGAUCUCUAUGCCAUCCCUUGGUUUCUCACCAUGUUUACUCAUGUAUUUCCACUGCACAAAAUUUUCCACCUCUGGGAUACCUUACUGCUUGGGAAUUCCUCUUUCCCAUUCUGUAUCGGAGUAGCAAUUCUUCAGCAGCUGCGUGACCGACUUUUGGCUAAUGGCUUUAAUGAGUGCAUUCUUCUCUUCUCUGACUUACCAGAAAUUGACAUUGAACGUUGUGUGCGAGAAUCAAUCAACCUGUUUUGUUGGACUCCUAAAAGUGCUACUUAUAGGCAGCAUGCUCAACCUCCAAAGCCAACGUCUGAUAGCAGUGGAGUCAGAAGUUCGACACCUUAUUUCCCCACUGAGUGUCCAGAUCCUCCAAAAACAGACCUGUCAAGAGAAUCCAUUCCGUUAAAUGACCUAAAGUCAGAAGUAUCACCCCGGAUUUCAGCAGAGGACCUGAUUGACUUGUGUGAGCUUACAGUGACUGGCCACUUCAAAACACCCACCAAGAAAACAAAGUCCAGUAAACCAAAGCUCUUGGUAGUCGACAUCCGGAAUAGUGAAGAUUUCGUUCGGGGUCACAUUUCAGGCAGCAUCAACAUUCCAUUCAGCACUGCGUUCACUGCUGAAGGGGAGCUUACCCAGGGACCUGGCACUGCCAUGCUCCAGAGCUUCAAAGGGAAAGUCAUUGUCAUCGUGGGGAAUGUAGCAAAGCACACAGCAGAGUUUGCAGCUCAUCUUGUGAAGAUGAAAUAUCCGAGAAUCUGUAUUCUAGAUGGUGGCAUUAAUAAAAUCAAGCCCACAGGCCUCCUCACCGUUCCAUCUCCUCAAAUAUGAAGAACAAGAGCAUGGCUGUUAAAAGGACAGAAUAGCCUCACCCCUCGCAGCACAACUGUCCACAGCCUCGCCACUCUGACAGAACUAGACUUCCAGAUUGUUACAUCUUCAUGAAGUUUUGUCAUGAGACAUUUAUUUUUUAAAACGCAUGACCCAAAUGUUCAGCUAUCCAGGAAACUUGACUGUACAUGUAUUGCUGAAAGAAUUUUCUUCAUGGUGAAAUCCGAUCAUGUAUUUUUUACCACACCAACACAAAGCCAGAAGAAUUCAACUGACGAGGCAGGUUUAACAUUAUCAAGAAAUCUCGUUGCACUGAAAAAGCUGUCUUCCACAGCACUGAGCAGACAGUCCUAACAGAGGUAUUCGUUAGAAAUAUAGACUGAAUGUGGGCUGAAAUCAUUCUUCCAUGAUAAAGAAAAGUGAAAAGCUAUUCACCAUACAUUCCUUAUAAGUACAUGCUACAUUUGGUACUGAUUUUUGGCCCAGACGUGUGUAUGCGUGUGUUUAGAGGGAGUAUUAUUUAGCCCAUCAGAGAAAAUAAUAACAGUUCUGGAAAAAUGAAAGUCAGAGACUAUUCAUAUUAUAUAGAAUAUUGUUCAGCUUCUGUAGCUGAGACACUAAAAAUAAGAGUGACUUAGACAAAAUAGAACUUUGUUUUUCUCUCAUGUAACACCCUUGCAGAGUCAGUGUAGGGCUACUGUAUUGGAUUCAUAGUGAUUCAGAACUGAGGUGUCUUUUUUCACUGCCCUACGACCCUCAACACUGGGUUUCUAUCUCAUAGACCAAGAUGGCUGUUCAACUCCCUCCGUCACACCUGCAGUUCGGAAGGAAGGGAAUCUCAGAGGAGGGAGGGGGAAAAAGAAGAGAAGGUAAAAAUAGGGAGGAAGAAGAGAAGGGGGGGCAUGUUCCUUCUCUUUAAGGGCACAAACCAGAAGUUGCACAUGUUACUUCUGCAUACAUACUAUUAGCCAGAACUUAGGCAUGUGGCCACAACUAGCUAUCAAGAAAACUUGAAAUAUAGUUUUAACUGGGCAGUCAUUUACCCAGUUAAAAUUUUUAUUACUGUUUAGGAAGAGGAGAACACAUUGAAGGACAGCUGGCAGCCUCUGCCACAUAAUUCUAAAAAUCAAGCAUUUCGUUGAAUCUAAGAUAUAUCACAACUUUAUGCACCAUGAAGAAAGAAAAAUGCAGCCAAAUAAACUGUGACACCCUAUCAAUUAUAGGAUUUAUUUCCAUUUCAGAAAUGUGAAAAAACAUGCAUCUUAGAAUUAUUAAAAUACAGUAUGUUUUUUUGACUAUGUUCAAUUUUGUUUUAACUAAAACAUGAUUUUUUAUCUUUAACUUGUAUUCCUCUUUAGUAUUAGGACUACGUAAGUAGAAUAUUUCAAUAAGAACCUCAGUCCAACUUUCCCGAUUAUGGUUUUAUCACUGCAGUUUGUUUUGGGGUUUUUUGUCAUCUAUAUUUUUAAUUCAGAUAUAAUUUGUAUACCUUAAAAUUCAGCCUUUUAGAAUGUAUAAUUCAUGUUUUUUAGUAGAUUCACAAACCUGCUCAAUAAUCACUGUUAAUUUCAGAACAGUUUCAAAACCCAAAGAAGAAAUCCUCUACCUAUGAGCAGACAUUCCCCAUUGAUCCCCUCCCAAGAUCUUUAAUUUGAUUUUUAUGUAUGGAGUGAGAUAAGUAGCCAACUUCAUUCUUGCACGUAGAUGUCAAGUUGUCCCAGCAGCUGUGUUGGGGUUUUUUUUUUUGCUCAAUUAAAUUAUAUUCAGUCAUUCACUAAAUAAAAUAUCACUAUUUGCAAGACAC